UUAGAACAACAACAAAUCCAUUCGCAAAACAACCAUUUGACAUUUCAUUUAAAACCGAGUGUUGAUCAUAGAAAUUUGACUAAAGAGACAAAUUUCGUUGUUCGUUGUAUCAACGACAUCAAUUCAGAUACAAAAUAUUUUGGAUUAAACGAAAGAAAAAUGCAACAAAUUGAUAUAUUGAACAACAUUACGAGACGAAUAAACAUUACUCGUCGAAUGAUUGGAAUUUUUCUAUUGUAUUCACUUCUGAUUGACUUUUGCUACGCCCGUGGACCACAUCAUCCGAAAAGUGAAAAACGUCGCGCUGACGAACAACAACAUAUUAACGAACACUUGGCGUUUAAUGCUCAGCACAUUCAAGAAGAUUUAAAUGCUCACCAACAUGACUUACCAAAUCAGAAAAAUGUCGAAGAAAUGACAGAAGAGGAGAGAAAUUACAUGUACUUUAAAGUUCACGAUUUAGAUAAUAAUGAUAAAUUAGAUGGCUUGGAAAUAUUCUAUUCCGCGACACACCAUUCUGCAUCUGAAGACGAUCAUGAACACGAUAAAGGAAGCGAAAACAACGAAGCGAGCGGAACACAAGAAGAUCAAACGGCGCUCGAUAACAGUUCGGCGUCGAAUGUAUCAAAUUUAAAACUUCUAGAACUUGAUGAAAAUGGACAAAUAGUUAACCAAAAUAUUAAUCACAUUAUAGAUGUACUCGACAAUUUUUUGAAUUUGGCCGAUCUGAAUAAUGAUGGCUACUUGAAUUACGCUGAAUAUACGGCUGCUGUAAAAUUGGGCAAUGCUGUGACCGAAGAACAACACCCAGAAUUGUAAAAAAGCCUUUUAAUAAUCGAUGUCAAUGGAAGAGCGUUUUACCUUGUUGGUGUUUGAACUCCGUUUUGAUACAUCCAUCAGCUGUGUACUUACAACUUUCAUCUGAAUUUAGCAAAAUUCUAUUUUUUUUUGUCGACAAAGAUCUUUUGAAUAUAAUAAAUAAAAGUGGAAUGCAAUAAUUUGAAUUAAUAAAA